UUCCCUGGUUUAUUUUAAGGUGGUCUUAUCACAGCUGUUGUGUCAGUGGUGCCCGCCUGUCCGAAACCCUUCAGGCACUCUUUCCCUUUUCCCUUCCGGACCUUUGUCCUGGGACUCGUUCAGAAUUAUGGAGGCCUGUCAGCAGAGCGGUCCUGCCCCCCAUGGACCUGGAGCAUCUCCGGCCCAGGAUCGCCACAUUGACCUGACAGAGGACCUGGCCCAACAGCUGGAGGACAUCAUUAGCACUUACCAAGCUGCCCAGACUCCAGCUGAGCCAGAGGACGUAGAGGAGGUCACAGCUGCCAAAGAGCCAGAUGCCCGCAAGGACCAGAAACUGGAGAAGAAAAUGCUCAAAAAUCUAGGCAAGGAGGCCAUGCUGUUAAUGCAAAGUCUGAACAAACUGGACACUCCAGAGAAGAAACUGGAAACUAUCAUUAAGAAGCACGCAGAGCUGCUGGAGGAGCAUCGAAGUGACCAGAAGCAAAUGAAGACUCUGCAAAAGAAGCUGCUUCAAGUGAUGAAGGAGAAGGACCAGCUGCAGAGCGAACACAGUCGGGCAGUGCUGGCUCGCAGCAAACUGGAGUCGCUCUGCAGGGAGCUACAGAGACACAACAAGACCUUAAAGGAGGAGACGCUGCAGAGGUGCAGAGAAGACGACUUAAAGAGGAAAGAGAUCACCACCCAUUUCCAGGGGACUCUGACCGACAUUCAAGCCCAGAUAGAGGAGCACAGCAGCAGAAACACCAAGCUGUGUCAGGAGAACAGCGCUCUGGCAGAAAAACUCAAGUCCCUCAUUACACAAUACGACCAGCGAGAGGCGAACCUGGAAAAGGUUUUCAAGCACAGAGACCUGAAGGAGAAACUGCUGGAAACCAAGCUGGAGCAGGCGAACCUAAUCCUGAAGGAGACCGAGGGGAAGCACAAGCUGGAGAAAGAACUUCUGCUCAAACAAGUGGCAGAGUAUAAGCUGCAGCUAAGCAGCCUGAAGGAGCAAGAAACGGACAUGAGGACUCAGCUUGACAUGUACUCCAAAAAGUUUGAUGAGUUCCAAGGUACGGUGUCAAAGAGCAGCAGUGUCUACAGCGGCUUCAAACAGGACAUGGACAAAAUGGCCAAGAAAAUGAGGAAGUUGGAGAAAGAGUGCCAUUCAUGGAAGACUCGCUUUGACAACUGCAACAAGAGUCUGAUUGACAUGGUGGCAGAUAGAACGAUUAAAGAAAAAGAGUUCGAGCUUCUCACUGUCAAGAACCAGAAGCUUGAAAGUCUGUGCAGGGCUUUGCAGGAGCAAAGGAAGAGUUUAUCUGGAAAGGUGCAGGAAGGUCAAACAGACCUAUGCAAACCUGAGGAAGCUCAGCAGGAGGGCAGUGAGGUGCAGGAGGCUCCUAGAGACCCAAAGGAGGAUCAUCCUGCUCAGAAUACAGAAAACCCCGCCUCUACUGGAGCACCAGAGCUCACAAGCCCACUGACCGAGGCGCUGGCUAAACUGAAGGCUGAACAGGCUCUUCUGAAAGAGAUUGCUAGUUCUUUCACAAUAUCACACACAGCAUCCACAGAAUCAGCAGGUAGUCAGUCACUUGGAACCAUGGAGGGCAUCCAAGAGCCAGAGGAGCAGCAGGGGGAGGAGAGAAAACACCAGGACGUCCAUGAGGAUCACAACCAAGAACAGAGAGAUCGGGAGAUGGAGUCAGUUGAUUAAUUCAGACAGAAAACCUGCCGCUGGUGAGAUU